UCAUGUUGUUGUUGUGAAGGAUAAUGAGGAGGUGGUGGGUGAAGAUUUAGAUGUACCUGAGUCAUGUAGAGAUACCUGUUGAUCAACUGGUCCAAGAUUUUCCUGCAAGAUAAACAUUUAAAAGCUUGAAUCUAUCAGAGCUAUGGAAUGAUGUUGUAGAUAAACAUUGUGAUAAAUUCAGCAAAUAUACAGCUAUAAAUAUAUUCCCCUGUACCCAAGAUUAGCUCCAAAAUUAUUACUUAUCAUCAAAUCAUUCGAUCAAAAAAAAUGUUUGAAAACUCUUCACCUGUUGUAUGAAAUUACGCAGAAAUGUUUUUAUGAAAUAAGUUUUAUAUUCUGAGUGUAACAGUUUAGCAUUUUGCACGAUUUCAUGAUGAAUUUAAUUUCUUAUUGAUUGUUUACAGUCAGUUUUUGGAACAAUUGUUAGGGGAAAAUAAUAUUUUAUUUAUUGUUUUAUUGUGAAUCUGAGAACAAAAUUGUGGAUAAAGAACCAGUCUGAUUAUUGUCAAAUUUAAAACAAAGAGAACCAGACUGUUAUAUGGAAUUACUGUCAUAUGUGCCAUUUAUAAGUAAUUGUGGGAAAAUGUCAUCAUUUGGAAAAUUGGAACAAUUACAUCAUGACCUUUGCAGACUGGUGUUAGAGAAGCAUCACCAGAACAACAUGGCUACCCGGCAUAUCGCCGUGGAAACCUGGCUGGAGGCACUGGGUAUGAUGGAAUAUGUGACAUGCUUCUCGCAGUAUAAUGGUGUUGAGAAUUUGUUAUACAUGUCAGAAGGUGAGAUAAAGGACCUUGGUGUGAAGAAUGCAGCACAUCGGGCAAAGAUUGUCUCCAGUUUGAGAAUAUUGAGGGAGAAAUAUGAGAGGUCAACUUUACCAGGUAAAAAGAAUAGCCCACUGAACCAGGUGCAGAGGAGCCAAAGUGUCACUGCUCAGUUAUCUCCUAACUGGUCACCACCUUCGUUAGUAAACAGUCCAGACUACCAGCAGGUGAAUGUUUCCCCAGAAAAACUACAACACGAUCUGAUUGUAGAACUUCAGGGCGAUCCAGCUGAUCUAAAAAGCAAAGCCUGGUAUCACGGUAGCAUCUCUCGUCAACGUGCAGAGAGACUGGUGUUCAAGAACGGAGAUUUCCUGGUACGUGAUUGUAUCUCCCAGCCAGGAGAUUUUGUGCUGACCUGCUGUUGGAAAGGGGGACCUCUUCAUUUUGUCAUCAAUUCAUCAGUUAUUGAUCAAGGACCAUAUAAAUUACCAAAGGUAACAUAUCAUUUUGAGGCAACUCAUUUCAACAGUGUACAAGAUUUAAUACAGCACUAUAUGGAUGAGUGUAAACAGAUUACCGAGAUUACUGGGGCUGUUAUAACAACACCCAUAGGGCGUAGUAUGCCCUUGACUUACUAUGAUAGCAAAUAUGGAGCAUUAGCAGCAUUAUCAAAUGCCCAAGCAAAUCAUUACAGUACUAUACAGCUUCCUAAUCAGCAGAUGGCAGCACCUGUUGGGCAUAAUCAGCCAUUCCAAAGAAGUCCCCACAUUACUCCAGGUACUAGCCCAAGAUCUAGUCCUCAAGGCACACCUAAGGUCAGUCCACAUGGAACACCUGGUGCAAGCCCACAUGGAAGCCCGAAACCGGACAAGAGGCAUAGAUUUGGAGAGAGAUCCGGUAGUCAACCUUUGUUGUCUGUGAAUGAUAUACCAGUGUAUACACCCCCUGGAAUGGAUAGAUCAGACAGUUUACCUGUUAUUACAAAUAAUUAUAAACAAGUCACACCUACUCAUGAUUAUCCAGAUUCUUCUGUUCCAGAGGAUAGUGGAAUCUACAAGACUGUGACGCCCGUUACCACUGUCUAUACACCACCAACACAUCCUGCCUAUUUCCACCAAAGAUCUGGGAGUGCACCAGUUCUCACACCAGGUGUAACAGUGACUCAGCAUUUUGGUGCAUUAGCUCCUCCCACUUCAUUAAAUCCUGCCUCCUCUGAUAGUGAUUUAUCUAAAGCUCCUCCUCCAAAGCCAAGCAGAAUUCCGUCAGUGAAAUACAAAAAGAAACCGCAAGUUCAAAUAAGAAAUAAAGCUCUAUAUGAGGAUGACUAUAGAGAUUACAGUGACUAUAAUCAGGUGACCUCUGAACCCAGCUGGUUAAAAUCUGUAGAAACCAAUCAGCAGACAGAUAACAAACUUCCAUCCAAUCAAACACAAGGAGAGAAUGAUUAUGAUAAUAAUUUUAACCAAUCAAAAAAUGUUUCACAUGAAAGAGACUUGAAUCAAAAUUUAGCAUUGAAGAGUGACAAUAGAAAAAUUUCAGAUACAAGGUUUAAUAUUUUAGAUGGGGAAGAACAAUCAGACAUUCCUGCGUUUCCACUUGAACUGAACUUAAAUAGGGACCAAAUUCGUGCAAAACAACAACAACAACAAACUGCGGACCAAUCUAGACGUCAAGGGGUUCAUUUGCCUUCACAAAUAUCCAGCCAGACACAAAAUGUGCAUCACACAAAAAUAAAAAUACCAAAAAUUGAAACUGUUUCAAGCUUUAAUUUGAACUUGUAUACAUCAGUUUUAUUACCUAACGAGAAUAGAUUAUUAGAGCCAUCGUCACUUAUAAAUGUGCGGGAAAAGUUACUCAAGACUAGUGCAAGACUGUUAGCUCAAUAUUUAACUAAAGCAGAUCUUGAAAUGUUAAAAGUUUUAAAUGAGGAGGAUUUAGGGGUGAAGGUCACUUCUGGUUUGGAGCUAAUAACUCUGCCACAGGGGAAACAACUGAGACAAGAUAUACUUGAAAGAAUAUACAGUCUGAAAGCUUUUGUCAUGGUAAUGAUACUGACUUGUCCAAAGGUUAUUGAUCGUGCUGCAAUGUUAAGUCAGUGGAUACAAAUUGCCAUGGAAACCAAAGGAACUCUGGGAAAUCUGUUUGGGUUUGAAAAUGUAAUGGAGGGCUUGAUGUCAGAUCAGAUUCAGAGAUUACGAGACACAUGGAUGGUGUUGAGGCAAAAUCACACAAGUAGUGCCUUCUUAUUUGAUACUAAAUUAAAAUCUGCCUUCCGUAUGCUGCAUGAUGGGAGUGGCUCACUUCCUGUCCAGGAUGUGUGUAUUCCAGGAAUCAAUCCCAUAGUGCAACUGCUGGAGAGAACUGUAGAUGACGAGAGUUACUUCCCCUGGGAGAGCUCUGAUAUUAAAAAUGGUCUAGACACUAUGCUGUGUCAUUUAGAUCUGGCUAGAGUUGUGACUGCGCAAUGUGGGGUGUAUAGGGUAACUGGGAAUACUGUAAUUAAAGGUCUAGAACCAGACCAGGAAAAGUUAGAAAUGUUUCAGACAGAAUUUUAUCUGAGAUUUUUAUGGGGUUUUAAAGGUGCAGGGGUAGCUAGAGCAGAAAGACAUAAUAAAUUUAUCAUGUUGUUGACAGCUUAUUCAGAGAAAAUUGAGAAGGAAGGGGAUGAUGGUACAGCAGUUUAAGUAAUUGCUACACUUAUAAACAUUUGAACAAUUUGUGCCAAAUAUAUUUUUGAUCUUUUUAUAAAGCAACAUUAUUUUUGCCUUUUAUAUAAUCAUAUUCAUGAAAAUUAACUGUAAGUUCUAUAUUUUAAUAACAUUAAAAACAACUUUUUUAUUAAUAGAUUCCAUACUUUACACAAGGCUUUCAUUAUGGUAGCUUGGUAAAAUACUCUGAAGCAUGUUGAUUUUUAUUAAUAGCCAAUUAGCUUCUUUCAGUAACACAUGUAGUCAGAGUCGUUCAGAAGGAACCAGCUUCUUCCUAUCAUAAUGAAAAUCUUGAUUUUAUUGUUGUAUUGAAGUUUCAAAAUCACCUUAAUUCUCGAAGUUACUUUUAGCUUCCUAGCAUAAUUGGUUCUUUAUUAAAAGAAUUUAUUUACAGCUAAAGAGCACUUUUGAACAAAGACAACAAAGACCAAACGAAAAGAUCAGUAAAGAGAUCAGCAUUUUAUUUUACCAUAAAAAAAUGAGUUAUAAGAUUUUGACAGUUUAUAUGAUAUUUAUAAGUAAUUGUAAGCUUACUAGAGGAAGGUUAUAUUCCUAACAAAUGUUUAUAAACAGCCAUAUAACCUGUCAAAAAUCUUUGCCACACAUUUGUAAUACUGCACAUUUUUUUUUUCAUUUGAACAAAAGAAAAAAAAACUUAGUUUACAAAUUUAAAUUAUAGAUCAUAUUAACUUCACUAUUAUCCAAUGAAAAUUGUUGUUACAAACAUGCUGUAUUAUAAGUUUUGAUAUACAACCUUUUUUUUAUCGUUUAUCAGAGGAUUGGUUAAUGAAGACAUUGUUAACUGUAAUAUUAUAUUUAAUAACUUCCCAACAUUCCAGAGAUUAUAGAUGGUAAUGGCAUUAUCAUUUAUCAUUUGUUAUUGCAAAACCUUUACUGGGUUUCUAUUGUAAAAAAUGAAACUCUUUGGCAUUGAAAUCAUAUAAUCUAUUACUUUGUCAUUGCUUGUGUAAAAUUAAUGAACAAUAGACUGAUGUAGCAGUCAGGUAAAACGUCCAUUCAUCAUCAUUAGCUCUUAGAGAGGUGGCAUAUUUCAUAUUUUGCUACAUUUUAUGUCUUAUACAAACUGAUUGAAAUUGAUACUGUGAUGCAAAAUAAAUUUUUGCAAAUUCAGCAUGUUCUGAGUAAAUUGAAGAUACUCACUAGUAGGUAGAAAUGACAAUGUUUGCAAAAUGUAUACAAAUAUUAUGAUGAACAUGUUGAUCAUCACUUUUAUAAGACACUAAGCCAUUACAUAAUUUUUAAAAGUUUUAAGGUAACAUAGGAUAAUUCAGCACAAGACAGGAGAGCUUUUUUAAUUUUGGACUUUGUUUCUUAUUGUGCAUUUUGUAUCUAUAUAAUUAAAGUCUGUGUAAUGUCAUUAUAUUUUAACCCACCUGUAUGUGCCACAGUGCUCAGGUGAACUGUUAUUUGAGUUAAGU